AUUCUUAUUGAAGUUCGUACAUUUCUUAAUACCCUGUUUAUAAAAAUGAAGGAUCAAUUCGAUUUACAUUAUAGUGAAAAGUAUACAGUCAAAGAAAGAAAUAAGGGUUCAGAUUCUUCAGAUCUUAUACCUCCUUCAGAAAAACUUAGCCAUAACAAAAACACUGAAUAUCACUCUUUAAAUCACGUCAUUAAAGUAUAUCAAGGAGCACAAAUAAGACGAAAUUGGCUUAAUCCCUUUGAGAUUGAUUUUCUCAAUAUAAGUGAACCUAAUGAUGUAGCAACAAUUUCUUGUAGAAUAGAUGACUUGAUAAUACCUUAUGCAAUUCUAGAUACUGGCGCAGAUUCUUCAAUGUUUACUGAUAACAUUCCAGAGUAUUUAGGAAUAAAAAUAGAUAAGAAAAAUGUUCACAAACUUACUGGUGCGGUUGGAGAUUCCCAGUCUGUUGGUACUUCAUAUAAUAUUCCUAUAACUAUUAGUAGUGGAGAAGAUUCUAUAACAGUUUAUGAAGAUAUAUCUGUAAUCCCUACAAAAAAAGAUCGAAAUGGAAAUGAUAUAUCUAUAAUGAUACUUGGUACCAAAUGGCAAUAUCGUGCCAGAUGGGAUCCUAUAGUAAAAGGUAAAUUUACCGCUACAUAUAAUGGAAAGACUAUUACAAUUCCACUUUCUACUCAAAAAAAAGUGCGUAAUACAUUUAAUACAGAAAAAUUACAGGCGUCAGAGGUAGGAUCGAAGAGCCAUGAUUCGGAGAAUCGCCUAACGGCCUGUCCCGCAAUAAAAAAAAAUGUGUGA